CUUCUGUCUUGCUUACUUGCUGGAUAUCCAGAAUAUGGAUACUGGAGCUUUCUAAUGAGCAAAGUCUAUGACCAAAUCAUUUCUUUGAGCAUGUCUGUGAUGUCAAAUCGCAAGGUACUAAAGAACUCAAAAAAGGCUUUGGAUAACUGUAACAGAUGUAGGAUUUGAGAUGUCUGCAGAAAAAGGCAAAAGCAGAGGACAAGUCACAAGAUACAGUGAUUGGAUGUCGCAACUACCAGCUGAACUUCACAACAUUCCUCUCUUUGAUCUGGCCAUACCAGGAAGCCAUGACUCAAUGAGUUAUGAUUUGGACAUCAACUCCUCUAUAAUAGAGCCCGAUAAACUGAAAAGAUUGAGCAAGAUUUAUUGUGCACGUAAAAUAAUGCUCAAGUGGGCUGCCACUCAGGAGGAGACCAUCACAAAGCAACUGGAUGCAGGAGUUCGCUACUUUGACCUAAGGAUUGCUCGCAAGCCAAACGACACCGACCCCACUAGGCUUUACUUUUACCAUGGGCUGUACACACGGACUGACGUCGAGACUGUUCUCAGGGUGAUAAAUGACUGGGCAGAGAGGCACCCUAAAGAGAUCCUCAUCCUGGCUUUAUCCAACUUCAAAGGAUUUGACAAAAAGAUUGCAGAGCAGCUCCACAUCCAUCUUAUCAACUUCAUCAAGGCCUUGUUUGGAGCCAGACUCUUCCUUAGGAGGGACACCCCUACCCUGAGGAGCUGCUGGGACCUGGGCAGAAACGUCAUAGUUUCAUACGAUUAUCCGGCAAAUCAGCACCCUGAGAUAUGGAGUAAAAUAGCGUAUUACUAUGGCAACAGUAUGGACCCUGCAAAAGUUGAAUCAAAACUCUGUCAGGUUUUGGAAAAAGAACGUCCUUAUCAGUGUUUCUUUGUGUGUGGGUUGAAUCUGACACUGCCAGAGGAUGCCAGGAUACUCAAGUACAUCCUUCGCCUCUGUGACAACUUUACCAACGUCAUACAGAGGAGUCUCCCAAAGCUGCUGCAGUGGGUGAAACGGCAAGCUGGCAAAAGCCCUAUGAACAUUGUGGCCUCAGAUGUGGUGACUCGUGACAACUUUGUCUCAACGAUUGUCCAGCUCAAUAUUUCAAAAUGAGCGAAACAAACUGGAAAGGAGUCUCUGUUCUUUUUUAUCAUUUUUGGAAAACUGUCUUCCUCCUUCUUUUCCUAUUACAGAACACAUCUCUCACACACCAUUUAUGUAUUAUUAGAAGAACAAACACAGUGAUUGUUUAAGCAGGGGUGUCCAAACUAUUCCACAAAGGGCCAUAGGGCUUGUUCCUACAGAAGCAGCAGCACACCAUACUUGACUCAUUUAAUCACCUGGUCCCAGUUUUCAGACAGUUGAUUGGUCAAACUGUGUGCUCUUGAUUGGCUGGAACAAAAUUCUGCAGCCACAUGACCCUUUGUGGAACAGUUGAGAUACCUCUGAACUUCCUGGGCUGUAGGCCACCAUGUGUCAAUUUGUGGUAUUGCAGUAAAGUAUUC